CCGUUUCAUUGUAAAGUUCCGCUUAGUUUACGUUGAUCGUGAGUGAUAAGCAUCUCCGGUAGUUGAAGACUUUAUUCAUUAAGCUUUUUUAAUACGUAUGGAAUCAAAAUCAAAAAAACAAAAAAUGUCUGCUUUGGAACAGCUUAAAAAAUUUACUGUUGUUGUUGCAGAUACUGGCGAUUUUGAAGCAAUGAAGUUGUAUAAGCCAACUGAUGCCACUACAAAUCCAUCUCUUAUGCUUUCUGCCGCUAAACUAGAACGUUAUCACUAUUUAAUUAAAGAAGCCGUAGAGCAUGCUAAUAAAGUUGCAACUACCACGGACGAGAAAAUAACAGAAGCAGUUGACUUAUUAAGUGUGUUAUUUGGACGUGAAAUUCUCAACAUAGUUCCUGGUAGAGUUUCUACAGAAAUUGAUGCGCGCUUAUCAUUCGAUGUAGAUAAAAGUGUUAAGAAAGCAUUAAAGAUAAUAAAUUUGUAUGAAGAAAGAGGAAUUAAUAAAGAUCGCAUUCUUAUAAAGCUUGCGGCGACGUGGGAAGGAAUACAAGCGGCAAAGAUUUUAGAACAAAAGCAUAACGUUCAUUGUAAUUUAACAUUAAUGUUUUCUAUGGUGCAGGCAGUGGCAUGUGCUGAAGCCGGAGUAACGCUUAUCUCUCCUUUCGUUGGGCGAAUUUUAGAUUGGCAUGUUGCUAAUACGAAAGCUUCAUAUGAUUCUACUAAUGAUCCAGGUGUUAUUUCGGUUUCAAAUAUAUAUAAUUAUUAUAAAAAGUUCAAUUACAAUACUGUUGUAAUGGGUGCUUCAUUCAGAAAUAUUGGUGAAGUAAAAGCUUUGGCUGGUUGUGACUUAUUGACUAUUAGUCCAUCAUUAUUGGAAGAGUUGGAAAAUGAUACUGAAACAAUAACUCAAAAAUUAAAUGAGUCUGAAGCUAAACAAACGAACAUUGAUAAAAUAAAUAUAGAUGAAUCUACUUUUCGCUGGAUGUUAAAUGAAGAUGCUAUGGCAACUGAAAAAUUAUCUGAAGGUAUUCGUAAAUUUGCAGCUGAUAUGGUUAAACUUGAAGUGGUUGUUGAAGAUUUUAUUCAAAUUCUUGGCAAAUAACCUAAAAGUUCAACGAAAUUGAACAUAAGUUUCAAAAUUUAACUAUUGCACAAAACUAACUUUCUGUAUAAUUCAAUUUUAUAUUUUUGAUAUAUUAAAAAGGGGUCGUUUUCUAAAAUAAAAACAUAUUUUUUUUUCAA